GCAAAAUGUGGCAAAGAAAAGUUCCACAUCACUGGAUUACGACGCUGCAUCGCCGGUUGGAGAUUUCACUUGUCAUUUCAUAGUUUUCUGAAGACGCGUCGGAGAGAUUUAUUGUUGCUUGUAUCCUAUUUGUGUAACAUUCCAGAUUGAAAAUGCCACUUCCAUCAUCAAGUUCAACCAAUGUAGGGGGAGGCGGAAGAUCUCCUGGAAAAAGUUUCUCACCAAGGGGUAGUGGUGGAGGAGCCACUGUAAGACAACGGCGUGCGACACCUAAUGCUCGUUCCAAGGGAUCUGGGGGGACAGCUGCUAGUACUGCUGGCUCCACCAUGUGGAGGUUUUACAACGAAGAUUCACCCGGUUUGAAAGUUGGGCCAGUACCAGUUCUAGUGAUGAGUCUCCUAUUUAUUGCAUCAGUCUUUAUGCUUCACAUCUGGGGGAAAUACACUAGGGGUGGAUGAAAGGAAAAACUUUUUAAAUUUGCAAAGAUUUAUGGACAAUUUGGCAGUAUGCUGCUUCUUAUGGGAGGAUACAAAUUUUAAGGACUUAAAAAAAUGAGAUCGGGCACUUCACGUUAUGAGAGAUUGGCCUGAUUUAGGGGGUUGUAGUGCAAUUCUAUGCCAGGGUAUUUGGAAUAAUAAAUUUUUAAUAGUUAUUUUUUUGUAAAUUUGUCACUUUGAGCAUUUAUUACCAGAUGCUUCAAAUGAAUUUUUCAAUUCCCGAUUAUUAUAAAUACUUCAAUGCAGCCUUGGUCUUUAAGGAAAUGGUUGACAGAAAAAUAAAUUCAGUGGGGGGUCAAUUGAAGAACCAAGUUUUAGCCAUGAAACACAAGGCUUAACUGUAUCUAAUGAGCUGUCUCAGAGCUCAUAGAUUUGGCCAUACAAAGUGUCGAAACCCUGUAUUGUCGUGAGCAUUGUUGCUAGUUUUGAACGUAAAUUGCUUGGCUAUCACUCUCUCUUGUUGUACAGUAUAUUUUUCUGCUAAAUGGUGUCAAAUGUUUGAUUGAAAUUUAAUGAGAUGAAAAUUUUAA